CAUCAUAUCUAAGAGCUGAGGAGUGUUCCAGUCUGGGCAGUUGCAGCAACACCGAGGUUGAAUCCCGCACACCGACCUGUGAGCUGAAAAUAGGAGACUGUCUGCCGUCAUGUCAACUGCAGCCCCUUCAAAAACUCAAGAUAACUCUCCAUCAUCCGAAGAAUCAACCGAUGACUGCGGAUUCUCUCCAGUCAGUUCCACAGAUGACGAGGCACCGAACGGGUUUUGCAGCCCUGUGCAUGGUUUUACGACCUCAAGUGAAGACUCAAGUAAUGAGUACUUAGCGCUGCGAUCGGAUGACCACGUCGGCUUGGACGGUCGUGCUUCUUCAGCGGACACAGUGAUGUUGCCUGACAGCUAUGUCGAAAGGUCAAAGUGUCACAACAUGCCAAGAGAAGUACCAGCGCCACAGUGUACUAAAGCCGAUCCUACGAAUACCUGUUCCAGCACCGGUGAUAGCUCAUUAGCAUGGUGUCACUUGGACCCUGAGCCGCUCACGAACACAAUCAGUAAUGGAGCUGAGCAUAAGGGAACAGUAGCAGACCUUCGAACUCUGGAGGGUGAACUGAGACGUAAUAAUACCAACAGCUCGCUGUUAUCGGACCCCAACGAUUCUCAAGAAGCUUCACGAGCAACCAUCAACGGGUCAUAUUUGUCUGCUGCUUCAGGUAACUUCGUGCAAAUGGACAAUUUAGUCGACAUUGCUGCUCCGCGGGGUACUACAGGCGGCGCGGCAACCAAUGGAAACUUUAAAUCAUGCUGGUCAGAAAGAAUUCACGAGAGUGCUUUUAUCCAACCGCCUCUCCUUUCUACCAUGCACGCUGACAUCCCCCACGUGAUAAUUAGAAGGGACGAUAAAAAACAGUCUGGCACAUCGAAUUUUCCCGUGGCGUCAGCAACAUGCACAAAAGAAAAUCGAAAGUCGCGCUCCAACGUUCCGAACUGCUCAGCAUCAACAACACAUGCGUCAGCGCAGCUACCCGCGCGGUCAAGCGCUGAGAAUUUUCUUAGACCCGAAAUUGCCGCCCUCUGGGAACAGCAAGCAUUCGUCAAAACUGGCGCAGAUAACUUUCAACGCUACGACCUGCGCAAGGACCUAAACCUGCGUAGCUGUCACCAAGAAAACCACGCGUGGCUAGCCCCAACCGUGGAAGGCCUGUAUGCACAUCCAAGUUCGAAGCGAAAGACCCAGUGCACCGAGCCCGAACGAAAUAAGCGUACCAGGAGUUCAAGCAUAAACAAAGACGUCACAGGGCUGCCGACUGCGGACCCGGACAGAAAGAAAGGCAAGGACACCACGAAGGUUCAAGACAUGCCCAGGAAUCAACAAAUGAGAGUGCGUUCGAAUUCUGCAGUGACCGACGAAGACAUGAGCACUACUCAUCAGUUCGACGACAGUAGCCAAGCUGCGAUGCGUCCCAUUGCAACAGAGACAGCGCACCGUGACGCUAGCUACUCUCGCACUGCAGACAGAAGGACCCCCAAAGAAACCAGGGCCGCCAGUGACGUCACAAUGAAUGAGAAUCCUGCAAUACCUAUUUGCAUACUGCAGCAAUACGACGACUUCUAUGCAGGCGUGAGCGACGUUGACCCGCGGAUGUUGUCUGGCUGGAAACCCGAUGAACGCUUGGGAAUGGGACAGUUCUUUGGCGUUCCAAAGUCAUUUUCUCGGCCAGCACAGGACUGAGUGUACAGCUUCCAUGCGCACGCGGGUGCCUGCUUCUGCACUUUGACUUACGUGCUUAUAAGUCGCAAAACCAAAUAACGCGUGGGCACUUUUUUGUUUUUUCUUUUUCUUUUUUCUCAAAGAGGUGACAACGGCUGAGGUUUUCCAGGAGGACAAAAACAGCUGAGCACCGACACGAAAUGCCUUUCAGCAGUAACUCUAUGGCAAGCGAAGUCGACAGCGCAAAGGCAUGUUUUCAGCUUCCCAGUAAAAAAAAAAAAAAAAAAAAAAAAAAAAAAAAAAAAAAGGAAAAAAAGACCUUUUCUAAAACCUACCGAGGCCAAUCAAACAUGAAAUGAAUCAAACCUUAGCCGUCAGCUAUUGUGAAAGUUCUAACAUGUAAUCCUGCACAAUAUAAUUUUCUUAUUCACCAUGCCUUUUUCCCAAAAAUCUUAUCAAACAGGCAGUAAAGCGUGACGCAUGCAGAAUAAGGCGGCAGUCGAUAUGAAAACAGCACGAUGUUUCUGCCUUUAUUUCCUUUCGUAUUUUUUGCGAGACACGUUAGAAAAAUGUCUUAGGGAACAUAAUGACAUUUGCGAUUUUUUUUCGUAUUUAAGUUUUUUAUUAGUAACUUAGCAGCCGCAUGGUAUGCUGCGCUUCCCUGGUACAGCGGCCCAAUUCCACUCUGAAGAAAAUACGUACAUCUUGUGUAAACGUGAUAUUUUUAGUUACCCGAAAAUAUUGCCUAAGAAGAAAGAUAAAGUAAGGUCACUAAAGCUGUCUGUAUACAUCUCCUUCACGUACAGUGCCCUCUAAUAGAAGAAAUAAUUGAACUCAAACUGCAAUUAUUGAGCUUUCUUGGCACAACGAAAGGGGGAGUGGGUAUUGGGGUGGACGUACCAUAGCGUAUUUAAAGACAAUACGAGUUCGCGUCUUUAGAUUCCUCGUGUUUUCUAAAAGCAAUUCGCCGCCAAAGAUUUAAGCAUUUAAGCUUAGAAUGAGUCAUCAAAAGCUUUUUGUCCUAAAUGGUAAAGCACUUUAACUACAAAUCUCUAGCGAGUUACUAGCAUUUCCUAGA